AUGUCUACCAAGCUUGUUGCCGUCCUCGGUGCUACCGGUACCCAAGGGGGUUCCGUGGUGACUUCGCUUCUGGCCCACGGUGGCUACUCCGUUCGCGCUAUCACGCGCGACACGACUUCCGCCAAGGCGCAGGCGCUCAAGGCCAAGGGAAUCGAGGUCGUCUCCGCUUCGCUGACGGAUGCGCCCAGUCUGGUCAAGGCGUUCGAGGGCGCGUACGCGGUGUUCGGCGUCACGGUCCCGUUCACCAAGGAUAGCGAGGUCCUGCAAGGCCGUAAUAUUGUUGACGCCGCGAAGGAGGCGAAAGUUCCGCUUCUCGUCUGGUCAUCGUUGUUCAGCACGAGCGAGGCAUCCCACGGCAAGUACACGACCAUCUAUCACUUUGACCAGAAGAGCGAAGUCGAUAAGUACGCUCGGUCUUCGGGACAGCCGACUGUCAUCAUCCACACCGGAGGGUUCAUGGAGAACCUGAUCAAGUUUGGCCAGCUCCAGAAGGACCCAUCUGAUGCCAACAAGUGGAACAUCGUCUACCCCGUGCUACGCCCGGACGUCCUGAUGCCCCUCGUUUACAUCACCGCCGACUUGGGAAACAUCGUCGUUGCGAUUAUCGAUCACUGGGAGGAUGAUGCGUGGAAGUCGAGAUUGACCAAGGAUGUCGUCGUUGCAGCGCCGUAUCUUGCAUCGAUCAAUGAUAUCGUCACUCUGCUCAAGAAGUUGUCUGGCAAAGAGGUCGUCUACGUCGAACGUCCGGCGCUCGACUUCGAAAAAGUAGUGUAUGGGUUCGCCAACGAAGGCUACUUCCGCUAUCCAGAGCAGACUAUCCUGCAAGAGCUAGGUGUCAAGACGCACUCGGUCGAGGACUAUGCGCGUGUGGAAGUGUUGCCGUAUAUCGAGUCUGCCCAGUAAAGGACGCGCGUCGUGGUAGAUCUAUUCACAGCAUAUGACCCUGAAUACCCAAU